AGUUGAAGCGACUGAUCAAACUCAAUUGAGCAUAGUUUCCUUAGUAAUAGAGUAGCUCAGGCAAUUCCUCUUCACCAUAAAACAGAAACCUUAACUUAGCAUAUUCAACAUGCAGACCUCACUUUUUCAUGAGCUAGUUGUUGGAACUCCAAUCAUGUCAACAACAUAUGAUCAGGUUCAAAAGUCAUUUAACAGAUACUUACCUGAUCCUGCAACUCAGGGUCAAUACCCAACCACAAGAUCAAAACAAGGGAGAGUAUUUUAUUCGAUUAAGAACAAGACUGGAAGGAAGGAACAUAGUCUUUCACAAAGAGUCCAAGAACAUGUGAGAGUAGGAGCAAAUAUAUCUGAGACUAUUAAGAGGAAGUUGAGCUUAGGGGCUCUUAUUGUACAAGUUGGUGGAGUGGAGAAAGUCUUUAAUCAUAAUUUUAGUGUAAAAGAAGGGGAGAAGCUGUUGAAAGUUUCACAGUGUUAUCUUUCCACCACAUCAGGACCUCUAGAAGGUCUUCUUUUUAUCUCCACAGAGAAGGUUGCCUUUUGCAGUGAGAGAUCAUUGAAAGUGUUUACUCAGAAGGGUCACAUGCGUAGGAUCCGCUAUAAGGUUUCCAUUCCUCUGAAGAAGAUCAAGUGUGUGAACCAAAGUCAAAAUGUUGAGAAGCCAAAACAGAAGUACAUAGAGAUAGUUACAGAGGACAAUUUUGAUUUCUGGCUUAUGGGUGUCAUAAAUUAUCAGAAAACCCUCCGGUAUCUUCAGCAAGCAGUUUCUCAAGCUUAGAUGAAUGGAAAAAUCCACAGUUUGAAGCAUAAAGAGCCAAGGCUUGAAGCUUCAUGUGGUCAGGGAAAAAACAAAAACUAAGAUACAAAGAGAUUAUCAGAAAAAAAAACUAUAUAAAGUGGCAGUUGCAGCUAAAAUUGAAGAUAUUUGGCUUUUUCGGUGAUAAGAGGGACUUCACUUCCUUUGAUAUUGACCUUUGAUAGUCAUUGGAUGUGGAUCAUAUCAGAAGACGAAGCAGAGUUGGCUGCGAGCAUUUUGUGGGAAGAUGUUGUGAAUGAAAGAGUUCAACAUCUGGUGCUUGCUUUGUUAGACAACUCCCUAUGAUCCAUCCAGAGACAGGCCUAUUUUUGCCCUCUAUGAAGGGAGAUAAUGGUUAUGGUACAAGAUCAUAUUGAAGGAAAAAUACAUAGUGAAAGAGUGAAUUGAAUUUUCACAAGGAAAUCCAAUGUGUAUAUAUUUGUGUAUAUAGUUUUCUUCAAGCCUUGUUGCUGAUCUGUAUAAGUUUCAGGCUCCAUGUGGAUUUAUUUUUCAUCAUGUAAAUGUUUUUAGGAAUCAGAAAGUGUAUUUCAGAUUGUAUCCACAAUUCCAUACCAUCCAACUCCUUGAAAAAAUGUGUGAUUAGUCAA